AGGGAGAGUCAAAUGCUAUACAUGACAAAAUGUCUUUAAUAGCUGUUAUGUGUAAUGAAUUAAUAUAACAUUAAUUUAUCAUAUCUUGAGUAUUAUAAGGGAAGAUGCUAAUAUUUAUUUUAUAUUCAAUUAGUUCUGUACCACUGAGGAGCUCUCAGCUGAGAAAGGAAAAGACAUGUAAAAAUAUUUCAGUGAGUGGACAAGUACUAGAGAGAAACUAUGCAAAGAGGGCUGGGUGAGAAAAGAAAGAACAGCUCUUUCUGUGCAGGUGAAGUAUAGGAUUUAUCAGAUGAAGAUGUGGGCAAGUGGCAUUCUAGGCAUGAUGACUCACUAUAAAGAACAUAUUUGUUGCUAAUUGUUUUUUUUUUCCCCUAAAGAGAUGGAUCAACAGUCUACUGAGUUUUUUUCUGAUCAAGGCAGCUGGUCAUGAACAAAUUUUCCAGGAUUGGUGCACUAACUAUAUUUAUUGAGUUGAAAAGCCUAUUUACACCCAGAGGUCAAAUUUCUGAUAUCAGUGUGAUAAGUCCUAGAUUAAAAUUUGAAAGAAGUUACCGAUAGAUCCAGGAGAGGAAAAAAAAGGAGAAAAACAAUAAUAAUGUUGCAUUUUUAUGCCUUAGGUAUUUAAAAGCAGUGUCUACAUUACUACAUUUUGUUGUAAUAUCAAUGCAAGGUGGAAACAAAGUGUCACCUCUACUUUCAGACAAGGAAGCAUAAGAUCCACAGGACUGAGUGACCUGACCUGUCACAGAACACACAGGCAGCAGGGCCACAGUCAAAGAAAGAUGACAUCAUUCCUAAUCCAGUGAUUUACAGUUUUAAUAGGAAAAAAAAUAAGAAGACUGCAUAGAACUGAACUGAAUAGAAAACAGGGAAACACAUCAUUCUGGAGUAUUUAGGGAAUAUUGUGAAUAAUUUUUUCAUCCAUGUUCUUCAUAGGGGGCAUUGAAUUGUCUUCCAUUAUUUAUGCAGGCACACAGCUAUGGAAAAUUUCAACACCAGUUUUGGAGAGGGCUUCAUUUUGGUGGGCUUCUCAGAUUGGCCUCAACUGGAACUCAUCCUUUUUAUUUAUAUUUCGAUUUUCUACUCCCUAACCCUCUUUGGCAACACCACCAUCAUCAUUCUCUCACGACUGGAUCCUCGACUGCACACACCCAUGUACUUCUUCCUCUGCCACCUCUCCUUCCUGGACUUCUGCUAUACCACCAGCACUGUGCCCCAGCUGCUGAUCAAUCUUUCUGGACUUGACAGGACCAUCAGCUACGGAGGGUGUGUGGCCCAGCUCUUCAUUGUCCUCGCCCUGGGUUCCAUUGAGAGUAUGCUGUUGGUGGUGAUGGCCUUUGACCGCUAUGCUGCUGUGUGUCGUCCACUCCACUACACAACCAUCAUGCACCCCCUUCUCUGCCUGACUCUGGCUAUUGCUGCCUGGGUGGGAGGUCUCAUGAACUCUCUGAUUCAGACAAGCCUCAUGAUGGCCAUGCCUCUUUGUGGCCUCCAUUACCUGAACCACUUCUUCUGUGAGAUGCCUGUAUUCCUGAAGUUGGCUUGUGAGGACACAGAAGGCACAGAGGCCAAGAUGUUUGUGGCCCGAGUCAUAGUUGUGGCUGUUCCUGAAGCACUGAUUGUUGGCUCCUAUGCACACAUUGCUCAGGCAGUGCUGAGGAGCAAAUCAAUGGCAGGGCGAAGAAAGGCUUUUGGGACCUGUGGGUCCCACCUCCUUGUGGUUUGUCUGUUUUAUGGCUCAGCCAUGUACACAUACCUCCAACCCACGGGCAGUUACUCUGAGAGCCAGGGAAAAUUUGUUGCCCUUUUCUAUACUAUCAUCAUUCCCAUGCUCAAUCCUCUGAUCUAUACCCUAAGGAACAAGGACAUGAAAGGGGCUCUCUGGAAAGUACUAGAAAGAGGCAGAGACAGAGAGUAACAGAUUAAUGAAAUUUGAAUAAUUUUUUGUCAGAGCCCUCAGAUGAUGGAGCCCAUCCUGUUCGUUGUAGAGCAGUUAGUGUAUGGAAAACAGUUCUCAACAGGUCUCAGGGUUUUGGUUAUCUUGUUUAGAAGUUUGAAUUGGAUUUUUAUUGGGAUGUUCAGUUUUUGUGAUCAGUGUAGCAGGGAGGAAGUAUUGGUUCAUAUCACUACUUUCUAAAGGAAUGAGUCUGAAUCAUGACCAAUUGGGAAGGAUGAACGUUGGAUUCUUGAUGUUUCAAAAUAAGAGAAGUAUUAAUUAAAAAUAACCCCCAUUUUCCAAGUCAGAUACCGAUGUGAUUCCACAUAGAUGGCACUGUGACAAAGGCAGAGCACUUGAGUUAACACUGAUUUUCUAAUUUUAUAUGACCCUGGCCCAACUUCUUCAUGUCUCAGGGCCUGUUUCAAAGGUCUCUUACAGAGGUCACUCUUCUAGGAUACUUGGAGCAAAUAAUUCAUCAAGAACAGGGCUAUUUCAUGGAGCAUGUAAGUUUCAGACAGGGGUGUCAUUUACCCACUAAAGAAAAAACCAAAAUCAUUUGUGGUUAGCACUGAAUAAAGGAAGAGAGUAAUGUCUUGUCAGUCUCACCAAGAAUCUUAGUUAUGCUGUUUGGUGUCAUUGAGAAGAAAUUUCCCAUGUAAGACAGAAGACAAUAGAGAAGAAAUCAGUAUACAAUAACGAAUGAAUGGAAAAAUUUUAAAUAAAAAUAAUCUAUAUGCUGUACAUCAGCAGAUAAAAGGAAAUUUUACAGGAAAAUAUUUAUCUCAAAGUUAACUAAGGAAAUAAAAAGAAACCAAGCAAAAGGCUAAUAAAUACUUAUCAUUUGACCACAUGUGAAGUUUUAUAUCUGGGUUAUACUCUAUUCCAUUUGUGUAUGUCCCUCUUUACAGCAGUACACAGUUCCACCAUUUUCAUUGCACUACACAUAUUUAGAGGAUGGUUUCAUGAAGAAAAUUACAGGUAUCUUUGUUAAUAACCCUUUGCUGUGUUUGCAAAUUUCAAUUUGACUGAAUCAUCUUUUAUUUGAAUAGCUAUCACUAGUAUUUGAUUAAUAUGUGAAAAUUUGUUUUGCAUAAAUAUUCAUUAAUCCUAUAAGAGCAUUGUGAGAGAUAGUUCUAUUUAUAUUCCCUGCUUAUUAAGGACAAUGCUGUUUCAGAGUUUUUAAGGAAUUUAUUCAAGUUCACAUAGCAAAUAAGGGAUGAAGCUGAGACAAACUUUCUGUGAUCCUAACGAGAACCCUUAUUAUAACAUAUUGCCAGUUCUAUUUUCUGAGAGCAAACUUGUAAUAGAGAAAUAUUGAGGUUAGAAAGAAAGGUGGUAGAUGAUAUGAAAGAGCUCUAGGGUAAUACAAAAGUAAAAGGACAGUCUCUUCAACAAAUGGUUCUGGAAAAACUGGCUAUCCACAUGCAAAGGAUGAGUGUGGCCCACCUGUGCAUGAGUGCGUGCACACACACACACACACACACACACUCUUACCUUUCACAUUGCAUGGAAAACUGUAAAGCUUUCCUAAGAAAAUAUGAGAAAAAUUUCAUGACAUUAGAAAUUGGCAAUGAAUUCUUAGAUAUGACACCAAAAGCAUAGAUAACAGAAGUAAAACUAUAUAAAUAGGCCCACAUCAAAAUUAAAAUUUUUGUGCAUCAAAAGACACAACCAACAGAGUGAAAGAACAAAGUAUCCAAUGGAAGAUAAUUUUUCCAAAUCACAUGUCUGGUAAUGGAUUAAUAUUCAUAAUAUAUAAAGACCACCUACAGUUCAACAACAAAAAUGAAUAACCUGAUUUAAAGACAGUUAAAGGAAUUGAAUAGGCAUUUCAUUAAAGAAGAUAUACAAAUGGCUAGCAAGCACAAUAAAAAAUGCUCAAAUAACUGAUCAUUAGUUAAUGCAAAUCAAAACCUCACACAUAUGCUACUUGUAUCUAUUAGGAUGAAUAGUAUUUUUAAAACCCAAAGAUAACAUGUGAUAAUGAGAAUAUAGUGAAAUUACAAUGUCUUAUGCACUCUUAGUACUAAUAUAAAUUUCUGAUAUCUCAAUGGAAAAAAAGUAUGGUGUUUCCCAUUAUAAAAUAAAUAAAAAUAGAAUUAUCAAAUUGUCUAGCCAUUUUAUUUCUGAGUACAUAUUCAAAAGAACUGAACACAGUGUUUUGAAGAGAUAUUUGCAUGCCCAUUGU